AUGUUUGACGCAAGAUUCUUAGUUGUUUUCAAGUAUCCAGAAUGGGUUGCUAACAUCUUGCCAGUCCCAAAGAGAGAUGGGAAAGUUAGAGAUAUGAAUAGGGAAAGUCCUAAAGACGAUUUCCCUCUACCCCACAUUGAUGUACUGGUAGACAAUAGCACUCAAUUCUCAGUCUUUUCAGUCAUGGAUGGAUUCUCUGGUUAUAAUCAGAUAAAGAUGUCUUUCACCGACAAGGAGAAAACCAUGUUUAUCACUCCUUGGUCACCUUCUGAUACAAGAAUUUUUGAUCGUCUAAGGAAGUUCAAGUUACGUAUGAAUCCUACAAAGUGCACUUUUGGAGUCAGAUCGGGGAAACUAUUGGGAUUUAUAGUCAGCCAGAGAGGAAUCAAAGUUGAUCAUGACAAAGUCAGGGCCAUCCAAGAUAUGCCAGCUCUAAGGACAGAAAAAGAGGUUCGAGGAUACUUGGAAAGAUUAAACUACAUCGCUAGAUUUAUUUCGCAUAUCACAACCACCUAUAAAUCAAUCUUCAAGUUUCUCAAGAAAGAUCAAGCCAUAGAGUGGAAUGAAGGUUGUCAGAAGGCCUUCAAUAAAAUCAAGGAAUAUUCGCAAGUACCACCUAUCUUGAUACCACUAGUUCUAGGAAGACCACUUAUAAUGUACUUAACAGUACUUGAUGGUUCUAUGGGAUGUGUUGCUAGACUUCUAAGGCAAUACAAGUUGAGUCAUACUACCUUGCUAAUAUCCAGGACGAAUCCUAUUAAAUAUAUCUUUGAAAAGCCAUUAUUAACGAGAAGAGUUGCACUGUGGCAGAUGUUAUUGACCGAGUAUGACAUCGAAUACAUCACCCAAAAGUCCAUCAAAGGAAGCGUGUUAGAAGAUUAUCUCGCUCACCAGCCAAUGGAAGAUUAUCAACCUAUACGGUUUGACUUCCUUGAUGAAGAUGUUAUGGUAAUAAGGGAUUAUGAGACUCCAGGUCCCGACGAAGUACCUGAGCCAGGAUCUCGAUGGAAACUCAUAUUUGAUGGUGCCUCAAAUGUAGAAGGACGUGGGAUCAGGGCUAUCAUAACUUCUCCAACGGCUUAUCACAUUACAUUUACAUCUAGGUUAUGUUUCACCUACACUAACAACAUGGCAGAGUAUGCGGCAUACAUCCUAAGACUCAACGAAGCUAUCAAUUUAAGAAUCAAGAUCUUAGAAGUAUAUGGAGAUUAUGCUCUUGUUAUCAACCAAAUCAAGGGAGAAUGGGGAACACAUAAUGCUAAGCUAAUCAAGUAUUGA